AUGGCCUACGCCGCACGCCUCGUAGCCAAGAUCCACCCCGCCACGACGCCGCGGGCCGAGCCGCGCCGCCUCUCCAGCCUCCGCGUAGGAGCACUCAGUGGAUGCACAACCGUUAAACAGCAAAAGUUUGUUGCUAAAUCUGCUAUCUCAGCAGUGGAAGGUGGUGAUGCAUUUGUUGGAGUAAAGCAAAAUACUAGACCAAUCAUAGUCAUAGACAACUACGAUAGCUUCACAUAUAAUUUAUGCCAGUACAUGGGAGAGGUUGGAGCUAAUUUUGAGGUUUAUCGCAAUGAUGAUAUCACUGUGGAAGAAAUUAAGAAGAUCUCUCCUAGAGGAAUACUUAUUUCCCCAGGCCCUGGGAAGGUUGUCCGAUCUCCUUAUGGAGUUGUGCAUGGAAAGGGCUCCUUUGUUCAUUACGAUGAGAAGCUUGAUGGAACUCUGUUUUCCGAUCUUCCAAACCCAUUCCAGACCGGAAGGUAUCACAGACUUGUAAUUGAGAAGGAUAGUUUCCCGCAUGAUACCCUGGAAAUUGUUGCAUGGACAGAUGAUGGGUUGAUCAUGGCUGCUCGCCACAGGAUAUACAAACAUAUUCAGGGCGUGCAGUUCCAUCCGGAGAGCAUCAUAACUACUGAAGGGAGGCUCAUGGUCAAGAAUUUUAUCAAGAAGAUAGGAUUUGGUAAAUUUGCUCUCCAUGAUUUACCUCGUUGGAAGCAGCAGCAGCAGCUGGUUAGCAGCCAUGCGUGGUGA